UAUUUACUCUCUUUGCACAGCUUGGCACCGUCUGUUGAGUGGACUUUCACUUUAAUCAUUAAAAAUUUCUAACUGCUCCUGGGAAGGUUUCAAAAGGAAAUCUUGAGGGUGGUUCGUCCAGCUCUAAGCGGAGGUCUUUCACCACAAGAUGGAUCCCAAAGUGGGGUCACCCAAGCGGCAGCAACCACGCGCUCCUCCCGGAGGGGACAUUCCUCCUCCUCCCACUCCCUCACUCGCCCUCGCCCCCGUCAUUGUUGCUUUCAUACUCAUCUUUCUCACGCUGGUAUAUCUGUGGACUCGGAAAGGUCGUCGUGGACGGGCUGUGUUAAUUGUUGGGCCAUGCGAGGCUGGUAAGACUGUUUUGUUCUCAAAGCUGUUGGGAGGACCGACGGUGCAAACAGUCACCAGCUUAAUCCCUAACGAACUUGAAUAUCUACCUGCGAACGGGAGACCGGCACUUGUUGUCAAAGACCUCCCAGGUCAUGACCGAGUACAGAUCAAGUUUUGGGACAAUAACAAGCCUAGCGUCAGAGGGAUCGUAUGUGUUGUGGAUGCUGCAGCAGGAAAUAAAGGAAUUCGCGAGGCAGCAGAUGUAUUGUACCGAGUGCUGACAGACUCAGCCGUUCUCUCAUCAUGUCCAUCAAUAUUCAUAUUCGCAAACAAACAGGAUCAACCAAUGUCUAAGGGAUCCAAAGUGAUUCGAAACCAGUUGGAAAAGGAAUUAACAACGUUGCGAAUGACGAAAUCUGCCACUCUAACUAGCACGGGGGGCAAAGACUCUACAAGGAUUCUUGGUCGACCGGACAAAGACUUUGACUUUGAGCAAAUAAGUCAAAUUAAGAUUGAAUUUGGAGAAGGGUCAGCCCUUGCGGACGAAGGAAAAAUCAUCAACGACUGGCUGGACAGCAUUGCUUGAUAUAUAUUUAGUUAACUUGUUACAUGCCUUAUGUUAUUUAGAAUGAAGAGUUGUUGAAUUUUUCUCAAUUGUUUUCCUGUUUAAGUACGUUUCUUUUCAUACCAUUUCCAAACUACAUAAUAUGUUCCGAUUGUAAUAAUAAUUUGAUGACAAGGACUAGUAAUAAAUUCUGCGGUACUUUAUUAAAAUGUAA